UCUAUCUAUCUAUCUAUCUAUCUAUCUAUCUAUCUAUCUAUCUAUCUAUCUAUCUAUCUAUCUAUCUAUCUAUCUAUCUAUCUAUCUUGUAACCAUAGGUUGUCAGUCACAAGGGGACAACUGUUUGGUUUUGGCCCUCUGACGUCAUAUCCAUUCCCACAAUGCCAUAGUAACACGACUGCGCACUCGCGCUCGUGGACGCGCACCAGCAGAGACAGCCCAUCACACACAGAGAGCGAACAUGGCGGGCGCCUCCGACCCCCUGGAAGACAUGCUCUUCUCCGAGGUGGACGAGAAAGCCGUGAGUGAUCUGGUGGGCUCGCUGGAGUCUCAGCUGGGGGGCCAGAGCGAGCCGCCCGCCGCGCGCAAGAGCAGCGCGAGACAGCAGCAGACAGGAGGAACAGCUCCUGCAGACUCUCCAUCAGAACCACAACAACAAGCGCAGCAGCAACAGAACGCGCGGAGAGCAGCGCGCAACCCGGAUUCUGACCCGAAAGACGCCAGCAUGGAUAAGCACUCCAAAGCCUUGGAGAAAGAGAGCCCUCUGAAGUCGCACGGCAGCAUCAUCAUCAUCACUACAGCAGCAGCAGCAGCAGCAUCCGACGCUCCUGCACCGGGCAACAAAGGUGAGAGCCCGAGGGACACCCGCAAGAAGCAUCCAGGGAAUACGCGCGCGCUGCGCUCCGCAGCAUCCCACAGUCUCAACGGCAACGGAGGCGACGCAGCAUCAGCACCAGCAUCAGCAUCCUCACCCAGCACCACUGUCACCGUGUCCAGUAACCCGCAGGCGAUCGCGCUGGACCGCGGGACGCCCACCAUCGCGCUGCACCGACUCCCGCGUCACAUUAUCGCCAGCAUCGCGCAGAAUGGAAACGGCACGUCGGUGUCUGCGUUGGUCCAGCAGGGCGCGCGGAUCAACCACAGCAAAACACCCGCUGACAACAACGCGAUGCCAGCGGCGACCUCGGCCUCAGCAGCGCCUGUCAAACCCGCUGUUAGUGUCAGCGCGCCCGCGGUCAUCAGACCUGCGCAGACGCAGACGCAGACGCAUGCGCAUGCGCAGCAGAGGGCUGUAACGCCGCAGCUGAUUGUCAGACCACCGCAACAGCAAACUACUAUACAGCUGCCGCCCGGAUUCACCAUCCCACCAGGGAUGGUGCUGGUCCGGACGGAGAUGGGUCAGCUGGUGAUGGUUCCUCAGCAGGCUCUGGCUCAAGCUCAGGCCCAGAACAGCAUCUCACCGCGACCCUCCACACCCACCAGUGUGGCCACGUUCAGGGUCACGACCCCACAGUCUCCUGUUAGCACUCAGGCGAUUCGUCCCGCCCCUGCGGCUCAAACUAAAUCGGUCCAGUCGAGUUCCCCGAGCGUCCCGGCCCAAACCAGCGCCGCAGCCGGCCCCGCUAAGGGCCCCGUGGCAGCCGCUGUGGCAGUGACAGCUCCCCAGCAGGUCCAGCCGGCCUCGGGCCCCCAGGGGCCCCUCACUCAGAUGCCACUGGCCCCACAGAGCGCAGCCGCCCCGGCCCCUGGAGCUCCGCUCGUCUCCCAGGAGAUGCAGGACAAUGUGAAGAAGUGCAAGAACUUCUUGGCCACGUUGAUCAAGUUGGCGUCCCAUAAUUCCCCGUCCCCAGAGACGUCUCGAAACGUGAAAGCGCUGGUGCAGGAUUUACUGGAUGCGAAGAUCGAUCCGGAGGAGUUCACCAGCCGCUUACAGUCGGAGCUGAAGUCUUCUCCGCAGCCGUACCUCGUCCCUUUCCUGAAGAAAAGUCUCCCUGCGUUGCGUCUGUCUCUCCUGAACAGCCAGCAAUCUCUCACAGUCCCUCUGCAGCCCAACAAAACCAGCGUGACGCCGGUCCAGACGGGUGUCAGUGUGCGUCCACACCAGCCCAACAGCACCACUGUACUUCCACAGGGUAUCAAGAGGGCAGUGGGUGCUGGAGGUCAGAUACGGAUGCCUGUGGUCAUAACGCAGACGGUGCGAACGACAGGUGCUUUAGGGAAACCUGCGGCGAUCCAGACGGGCAAAAGCCCUGCGGGCGUCACAAUACAGCUCUCAGGAAACCAGAAGAACAAGCUGAAUGACCCGGGGGGAGGCUCCUUCAGAGACGAUGAUGACAUCAAUGAUGUUGCAUCUAUGGCUGGUGUGAACCUCAACGAGGAAAGCGCACGCAUUCUAGCGACCAACUCAGAUCUGGUGGGAACGCAGAUCCGCUCCUGUAAAGACGAGGCCUUCCUGUCUACAGGUCUGUUACACCGGCGUAUACUGGAAACAGCGAAGAGGUUUGGCGUGACGGACGUACCGCUGGAGACUGUGAACUUCAUCUCUCACGCCACCCAGUCCAGAUUACGCACGGUGCUGGAGAAGGUUUCCUCCAUUGCCCAGCACCGAAUGGACUCGUGUAAGGAAGACGAGUGGCUCGAGCAGGCGUCUGAUGUGCGCUCGCAGCUCAAGUUUUUCGAGCAGUUGGAGCGGAUGGAGAAACAGAGGAAAGAUGAACGAGAACGAGAGAUUCUCCUCAGAGCGGCGAAGAGUCGCUCGCGGCAAGAAGAUCCAGAACAAGCCCGUCUGAAGCAGAAAGCAAAGGAGAUGCAGCAGCAGGAACUCGCCCAAAUGAGACAACGAGACGCCAACCUGACGGCACUCGCCGCCAUUGGUCCUCGGAAAAAACGCAAAGUGGACUCACCAGGAGCAACAACGACUGAGGUUUCGGGGAGUUCGGCAGGUUCUCCGAGCGGAUCGUUGACCCCGUCCAGCUCGUCGAGGCAGUAUAACCGCCAGAGAAUAACACGCGUCAGCCUCAGGGACUUCAUCUUCUACAUGGAGCAGGAGAGAAACACCAGCAGAUCUCUCUUACUGUACCGUGCUCUCCUGAAGUAGCCAACUCUCCACACUACAGAGGAAUCAGCAGCCAAACCACACAACGACAGACUUCCUUCUCAGCCCUGCGACGUGCCUUCAGCCCCGUUCACCGCCUCUGUGUCUGUGACCUCGUGAUGCUUUUGAUAGAAAAGUUUUGAGCUUUGUUUCCUGUUUUCCCCUCAAGGUUAUUAGGAAAACUGUAUUUACGAUAGUGGAUUUUAAUGGUUGUUUUCCGGAGCGUUUUUCAAUUGUUUCUUUGUUUGUGAAUGAAUCUGACUCUGCAGAUAUCACUUUCGUCAUCAGUAUUUUUAUUUGUUUUCCAGUAAAAACAAUAUAAGAUGAAUUUACACACAUAAACUGCAAGUAAAAAAUAUUUAUCGUGUCGCCCAAAUCGUUCCUUUUUUUUUGUUAAAAAUCGUGAUUACAGUUUACUAUUCGAUGUUUUCAUUGUAGUAAACAUGGCCACUUUGUAUGUAUUCUUUCCCUCAAUUAUGAAACUAGGGAAUUAAUUAGUAUAAUUUAAUAAACUGAGGGACAAAUAAGUACAACAUGACAACAAUUCACUAAAACGAGGGAACUAAUUCAUAAAUAUUUGCCAUGAUUUACUAAUACAAGGGAUUUCAUUAGAAAAAUUACUACAAAUUUGCCACAAUUUACUAAAAUAGGGAGGAAAAUGACGAGGAAACAUGUCAAUGCAAAUUUACCAUGAUUUACUAAAAAGGAGGAAACAAAUUAGUAUAAAUUUGUCAUGAUUUACUACAACAAUGGAACAAAUUCGUAAAAAUUUGCCACGAUUGACUAAAAUGAGGGAAUGAAUUAGUACAAAUUUUCACAAUUUACAAAAAUGAGGAAACUAAUUUGCUACGAUUUACUAAAAAAAUGGAACAAUUUCUUUCACAUUUGCAACAAUUUACUAAAAAAAGAAACAAAUUAGUAAAAAUGUUCCACAAUUUAAUAAAAUUAGGAAUUUCUUUUUACAAAUUUGCCACGAAUUAACUAAAAGAAUAGAACAAAUUUUCAUGGUUUGCUAAAACGAGGGAACAAAUUAGUGCAACCUGGCAACAUAGAAUAUAUCUUGAAUUAAGUAUAAUUUUAUUUAUUUGUACUUUUAACAAGAAUAUCAUAAUAUUUUUGCAUUUUUAGUAAAAUAUAUUUCAAUAUUUUUUAAUUCCUGAUGAAGUAAGUGUUUUUCAUAGUGCAGAUGUCGUUCUGUCGUUUAUUCAACACGGAGCGCUUACUGUGACGAUCUUUGAGACGAAAUGCCUUGAAGUGAUCAGUAUACUUUCUGUUAAGGAAUUGCGUCAUUAUAAUGCAAACUUUCCCAUCAUCAUCUUCAUCAUCAUCAUCAGUUUCCAGCCAAUCACAGUAUUUGAAAACAUAAAAAGUCGCCUAAAAACUCUAUUUCGAAACUUUUAUCAGCGAAUGUAAAUAGACUUUUUAAUGAGUAUUGUUUUUAAUAGCAUGUAUAAAUGAUUUCCAGUUGAAAAUAAGGUUUUAAACUCGGAACGAAGCGUUCCUUCUAAAUCGAUGAUGAAGCUUGUGUCCGUCAUCGUGAUUCGUGUAGCUUUAAUAUGUGUCCACGAGGAGCACGAAUCCCGUGUUUCCUCGAAAUCAGGCCAGCAGAUCCGACCUAUAGCAAUACAACCACACCAACACAUCGUCAGAACAUUAAAAUCAACAUUUGACUUCUGAUUGUGAUGCUUUUUCCCCAAUCAAACACCAUGUUUAAUCCGAAAAGGUGGACUUUUUCAACGAAUAUCAACCUGAAUGCAGCAGCACAUUAUGAAGACAAACUUUUUAAUUUAGGAUAACAUGCACUGAUGGAUCAAUCACAUUAACACUAGGAACAUGUAUUAUGAAAGUGUGUUUAGUUUGAUGUUUCAUGUUUUCAUCUGGACUGUAAAACUGGAUUUCACUGCCCUCGACUGUGUUUCUACCUGUUUUAAACUCAGUAUUAUCAGUUCAUUUUCCUGUUUGUGUGCCGAUACUUUAAGCUAUUUUAAGUUAUCGAUGUCAGUCCUUCAUUUAUCAUACAUAAGCUUAAUUAUCAGGAUGAACUCGAAUCCUGCAAGCAUUUAUUUUGGCGAGGGUUCGCCGUACAUGAUGUCAGGAGAGGUCAAGUUCUGCGACCUUUCUUCGUUUCCGAGUCCGAUCAGAAAUGGAUCAACUCGCUUUUCUAUGCACCAUGAAUCCCGUUGCUUUGCAGUUUGUGUUUGUGUCUGAAACUGAACGCAUUGGUUUCUCUGUCUUCAUUGUUUCUGUCCGUCUGGGUCUGUAAAACUCUAAAAGGGAAACUACAUUUUCUACCUAUUUAUAUUUUCUCAUUCGCAUUUGUCAGGCAAUACGCUUCAUUCAUUUGAAACAAGCACAAUGUAUUUGUUGGGUUGUUUAAACUGACUUUAUAAAUCUUCUGUUUUCCGCUGGAGGCUCUUUCUAUAACUUACGCUUUGUAGCCAAAAUAUUAUUAGGACUCUCUUCAUAUUGUAUUACUGACGUGCACAGCUGGAAUUUAAUGUUUCGAUCUACGGAUAAUUUGUAUAUAUUGUUUACAAGACCUUGUGUUUAUUAGAACUAUCUUAUUUUUGGUAAAUUCUGUACAUAUCCUGAAAUAUUUCUGUUUGUGUGAACAUACUUCUGUAUUUGUACCUAUUUUGUAAAGGAAUAAAUAAGCUGUUUACUAAAUUUCAAAA